ACGCCUGAAGUGGGGAUUGGCUAAGGUAGAAGAAGCCCUGCCCCCUGGCCUGCCCGUCUGCACUCCUCAAAUCUCGUAAAUACAUUUUCUUCCUUGUAGAAUCAAUCACAACCUUCGUGAAUCUUCGCCGGAGGAGCUUCAGAACGCAGCAGAGGAGCUGUUAAGUGAACAUAAUGGGGAAGAUCGAGUGGGCUAUGUGGGCCAAUGAGCAGGCUUUGGCGUCGGGUCUAAUUCUCCUCACAGGAGGAAUUAUAGGCGUUGCUGGACAGUUCAGAGGGUGGCAGUUUGCUGCUUAUUCAGUUGCUGCUGGGGUGUUUGUGUGUCUGCUUGAAUAUCCCAGAGGCAAGAGGGCCAAGGGCACGAGUAUGGAGAGAACGGGCCAGUACUGCUUCACUGUGUGUGUAAAAGCUUUUGGACCACUGACAAGGAACUACUAUGUCAGGGCAUUUUUACAUGCUGCUAUCUGUGUACCUGGGGGUUUUAUGCUUGCCACUGUUCUUGGAUGUGUCUGCCUUGGCAUAGCCAGCCUCAUCUACCUCGCAGCAGCAAUCCGAGGGGAGCACUGGGAGCCCAUUCUUCCACGGAAAGAGACCCGAAAGCCGGUUGGAGAGAGCAUCAAGAAUCCUCCUCAGAAUCCACCACCAAGACCUCCUCCGGAGAUGCGCAGGAAACAAGCAGGCGACCUGGAAAAAGCAGUUUAUGACAAUCCCAUGCCUGUUACUGAUGAGUAACCAGUAUUCCUUCCCUUCAAAACCAGUUACAACAGAGUUUACUGGAUUGUGUAACUCUGGAUGAAUAAACUUUUCUGAAAUGUAGUUUUUUAGACUGGGCAGCAUGUUAGAUAUAUACCUCCUUACCUCAACUUGCAGAAAAAUGUGAGGAAUAAAUGAAGGAAAUGGGAAAGUUUUUUUUUUUAAUCACCAUCAAAAAGCAAAGAAAAAACAAAUAGAAUAGAAGCAGAAUAGAAAUGUAAGCCCUGUAGCUGCGAAGUGUUAUCCACACUCAAAUAUUGUCAAUUUAGAGGACUGUAGAUACUUCUGUUUUAAGUUGUUCUGCAUCAAAAUAGUGUUCUUAACCCUUCCAAAAAGGCAACUGAUCCCAGUGCUGUUUGAUAGGAUUAAAUAGACCUUGAUUUUCUUCUGCUUAUCCAAUUCAGGGUCGCGAGGGGGCUGGAGCCUAUCCCAGCUGUCAUAGGGCGAGAGGCAGGGCACACCCUGUACAGGUCACCAGUCUGUCGCAGGGCUAACACAGGCAGACAACCAUUCACACUCACAUUCACACCUAUGGACAAUUUAGAAUCACCAAUUAACCUAACCACCCUACCUGCAUGUCUUCACACCGUGGGAGUAACCCAGAGAGAACACCUGGGGAGAACAUGCAAACGCCAAUCAGAAAGGCCCCGGCAAGAUGGUGUAUUCAAACCCACAACCUAUGCUAACUACACGCCACCAUGCAGCCUGUUUAUUAAUCUUUUUGUCUGUGAUUAUGAUGUGUUGUAAAUAAACUCCUUGUAUCCUUUGA